UCACCUCCUUCAUUCUAAAACCUAACAUUAAUCUACUUCAUCUUCUCCUCCUGAUCUUGAAGCUUAGCUCUAGAAUAUUUUCACCUAGGUUCAAGCCAUGCAGCCUAGCGAGGUUACUGAACUCCAUUACCUGAUGCCCUUAAACCAAUCACCAUAUUCAACAUAUUUUAACAUGAGUCAGAAUAACACACCCACAUUUCAAUAUAACAGAUUUCCUAAUCCACAUAAUUUCCAAAUUCCUUCUCAAGUUCAAGAAUUCAGUCUACAUUCAUCGUGCCUAAGUAACAACUCAACUUCUGAUGAGGCAGAUGAGCAACAACUCUCCCUUAUCAAUGAAAGGAAACAGAGAAGGAUGAUAUCUAACAGAGAAUCCGCUCGUCGGUCACGCAUGCGGAAGCAGAAACACUUAGAUGAGCUAUGGUCACAGGUAGUUUGGCUCCGAAAUGAGAAUCAUCAGCUCAUGGAUAAGCUGAACCAUGUUUCUGAAUGCCAUGACCAGGUUCUUCAGGAAAAUACUCAACUCAAAGAAGAAACUUCUGAACUACGGCAAAUCAUUACAGACAUGCAACUGAAUAGCCCAUAUGCUACAUUGCGAGACCUUGAAGGAAUACCAUGUAAUUCAACUUAUCUCAGAGACGAAUCCUCAAACCAGUCUAUCACAAGUUCAACAGAUUUGCUAGGCUAAGGUAGAUGAAUCAAAGUAUUUUUUACUUUUAGCUUGUUUACUUCUGUUUGUGGAAGUUGAACUGUCCUAGACUCCCAGCCUCACUUAUAGAUGUACUAGAUUGAACCAGAGUGGAAAUAACAUGUUUUUGACGUACUAUUUAAA